AGUAAUUCACAUCAUGCCCUACACUACACAGGUCUCAUCGCAGGAUUUCGGACGCCAUUUUGAACCUUCUUCUCUCUCUCUCUCUCUCUCUCUCUCUCUCUAACAAAAAAAAUGCAUAAUAAUUAAAUAUUAUUAAAUCAAUAAACCCAAACUGAUAAAGAAACUUCUCAAAGAAACGUUUUUUUCUGGAAUUUCGAUCCUUUGUGCUUUCUUCUUUCUCUCUCAGGUACCGUUGAUUAUUUUGUUACCUCAUUUGAUAAUGAAGGGGAUAUUGGACAAUCAUAUGAUUUAAUUUUGUUUUAAGAAGUUUUGAUUUUUUGUGUUUUUGAAUGGGAUUUUGAUAAAUUGGGCGUUUUGGGUGUCUGUUUGUGUGUGAGAACAGAUGGUUAAGGGAGGAAAAGUUAGUAGAAAGGGAAAUUUGAGAAAAAAGGUUAGGUCAAAGUGGGAUGGUGGUUCGGAGGAUGAUUCCGAUGAGGAUUAUGUCGUUUCGGAUGAUGUUGGGAAUGUAUCUGAUUGUCCGGAGGAUGAUUGUUUCUCUUUUGAUGGGUUUAUAGAAGAUGAGGAUGGGGAGGAGGAGGAGGAGGAGGAAAUUCAACGAGUGACGAAAUUUAAUAGAUCAAGGGCUAAAACUAAAACUGGCGUAAGGGGUCGGCAGGAAAAUGCGAGUAAAACCUCGCGGAAGAGACAGAGGAUUACAUACGAAGAACAACCAGAAGAAGAGGAAGAAGAAUGGGAUGAUAAAGAAGAGGAAGAAGAAGUAGAAGAAGAUGAUGAUUACAAUGAUGUUUAUGAAGAAGAAGAAGAAGAAGAAGAGGAGGAGGAGGAGGAGGAGAAAGUAAAAGAAGAAGAGGAGGAGGAGGAGGAAGUAAAAGAAGAAGUGGAAGAGGUAGAUGGAAAUUAUGUGGAUGAGGAUUUCAGUUAUGAUGAUGACGAAUUUAUACCGGAGGAAGAAGAUUACACAGAUGAGGAUGAAGAAGAAACAAGAGGCAGAAAGAAGAAAAAGGAGGAUUUCGGUUAUGAAGAUGAAGAAUUUAUACCGACAGAAGAAGAUUACACAGAUGAGGAGGAGGAAGAAACAAGGGGCAUAAAGAAGAAAAAUAAUGGCAUGAAAAUGGGCAAGAAGAAGGCUUUGAAGAAAAGGGUUUCUGCGACUUCUCGCAAAGGUCGAAAGAGGAGUGGUUCUAGAGUUUCAAAGAAGCCCAAGAGAAAGAGAAGGCGAACGAAUGGAGGAUCAAAGAGGAAAAUACAGUGUGAUGAUGUAGAUGAUUUUUCAGAUAAUGACCCAGCUAUCAGAACAAAUAGCAGAAAGAAACCAGUCCAGAAAAGGAGAAGGGUUCUCCUUGAAGAUGCCAAUUCCGGUUCAGAUUGUGAGGCUAGACAAUCUGAUUAUGAGUUUACUAUCUCUGAAGAAGAAAAAGAACAGGUGAGAGAAGCCAUGGAGUUGUGUGGAAAUAUAAGAAGGAACUUGAGGAGAGCUUCUCUUCGAAUGCAAAAUGAAGUGGUUGGAGUACAUGAAGAUCUACACCAGCAACGGAAGCCUCCAGCACGGAAGGGUAAGGAAAAGAUAGAGGAAUGUCAAGGAAGAAAGGGUAAGGAAAAAGUAGAGGACCUGAAAAGUGAGGUGGGAAAGCAGGUGUGUGGAAUUUGUCUGUCUGAGGAAAAUAAAAGAAGAGUAAGGGGAGUACUAAACAGCUGCACUCACUAUUUUUGCUUUGCUUGCAUUAUGGAGUGGUCAAAGGUUGAAUCUCGAUGCCCUUUGUGUAAGCAGAGAUUCAAAACAAUCAGUAAGCCUGCACGGUCAACAACCGCAGAAGAAUCGGUGAUACAAGUGCCCGAACGUGAUCAGGUUUAUCAGCCCACUGAAGAAGAACUGAGGAGCUACAUUGAUCCAUACGAGUCUGUUAUGUGUUCAGAGUGCCAUCUAGGUGGAGAUGAUGGCCUCAUGCUACUCUGUGAUAUAUGUGAUUCCCCUGCACACACUUAUUGUGUUGGUUUGGGGCAUGAAGUACCUGAAGGUAACUGGUACUGCGAUGGUUGUAGACCAGUUGCUUUGGCAUCUUUAAACUCGCAAGCUCAAGAAUCUGAUUUAAGAGCGGCAACCCAAAGCCUUCCUUCCAGACCAUCACCUGUUCAUAUACGAGAAAGUAUCGACCUGAACUUGAUAUCUUCACCUCAUACAUCUUUUAGUCCAGGGUUCGGCCAUCUUUCAUCUUCUAGAUUUUCUGGCAGAAGUGCUGAAGGAGCUUCUCCAAUGUCUGGAGGCGGGGCACCGACCUUAUCAGAGAGACGCUGGAUACACCGUCAAAUUCAGCAGCUACGUUCAAUAGAUAGAAUGACUACUACAACUGGCAGAACUAACGGUGUUCCAGCUACCAAUACAAUAAGUAACUUGCAUAGCUCUGAAAUUGAUCAAAGUAGGGAACCAAGUUCUCAACACACUAGGACACAGGGCGUAGGAACAUCCUAUCACACAUUUUUUGAGGAGAGUUUAAGCAACAAUAUCUCUCCAUUAAUGCAGAAUGGAGAUCCCUUCUCCAUAAGAAUGAGCAAUUCAAGAAGGCCAGUGGUUCAGGAUUCAAACAUCAUGUUUUCGAAUGGGCCUGUGAAUGCUGGUAUUUGGCCUGGAAUUUUGGGGGCACACACCUUAUCAGAUAAUGGACCAAUCCACCCAUGCAGCAGCAGAUCAAACAUUGACACCGAGGGUAGUAUGCCCCUUACCAUCAAUGAAGAAGGUAAUUUGCACAUUGUAAAGGAGCGGUUGCAGUCAAUGGUUAAAAGCCAUCUGAAGAGAUUGUCUCAAGAUACUGAUUUGGGUUAUAGUACUUACAAGGACAUUGCUAGAAGUUCGACGCAUACCAUACUCGCUGCUUGUGGACUCGAGCACAAGACGAGCGAGGUUUGUAAUGUGCCUCCACCAUCCGUCUGUCCCCACAUUGAAUUAAUAGCUGGUGGACAAACGAGUAUGAUUAAAGGUUGCUGCUCCUCUUGUUUUGAUUCUUUUGUAGGAGAUGUGGUUAAAAGUAUUUGGGACACAAGAAUGUCUUCACAGUGGUUAAGAUUAGGACUUUAGACAAAAUAUUCUUAAAUGUGUCCAUAGAGGCACACCUUUUUUCUUAGAAAUUAAGUUAGGACAAGAAUUUCUUAUUUACUUGUUUAUGCAUACAUUGACAUGAUUUACUAACAUUUCACAGAAAGGCUGCCCUAUGUGUUUAUUCUAAA